GCCAAACCGGAUCCUUCAUGAGGGAAGAGGCCAGGGACAGCCACCCAGCCCCGGCUUCUCCUCUCUCCUCUCAUUUGAACUCUAAAUUACUGUCCCGGGAGCCCGAGCGGGGGGCUGAGUUUGUGUUCGUAGGAUGUCCCGUCAUGAAGGUGUGAGCUGUGAUGCUUGUUUAAAAGGAAACUUCAGAGGUCGCCGGUACAAAUGUUUAAUUUGCUACGACUACGAUUUGUGUGCAUCAUGCUACGAGAGCGGUGCGACAACAACCAGACACACCACAGAACAUCCAGUGCAGUGUAUAUUAACACGAGUUGACUUUGACCUGUACUAUGGUGGAGAAGCCUUCUCGGUGGAGCAGCCACAGGCCUUCACUUGUCCCUACUGCGGUCGGAUGGGCUACACGGAGAGCUCUCUGCAGGAGCAUGUGGCUGCAGAGCACACGGAAACCUCCACAGAAGUGAUCUGCCCCAUAUGUGCAGCGCUGCCAGGUGGUGACCCGAACCAUGUGACCGAUGACUUUGCUGCUCAUCUCACACUUGAACACAGAGCUCCAAGAGACUUGGACGAGUCCAGCGGGGUGCGGCACGUGAGAAGGAUGUUUCACCCCAGUCGUGGUCUGGGGGGGCCACGGGCCCGAAGGUCCAACAUGCAUUUCACCAGCAGCACCACAGGGGGGCUCUCAACCAGUCAGAGCUCCUCACAGAGCAACUACAGCAGAGAGGCCAUGGACCCCAUAGCAGAACUUCUGUCGCAGCUGUCGGGGGUGCGGCGCUCGGCGGGGGGCCAGCUGAGCUCGGGUCCUUCUGCCUCGCAGCUCCAACAGCUUCAGAUGCAGCUCCAGCUGGAGCGCCAGCAGGCCCAGGUGGCGCGUCAGCAGCUGGAGACGGCACGGAACGCCACGCGGGGCAGCGGCCGGGCCAACGCCAUCCUCAACACGAAUUCGGCCGCUGCAAACCCCAACCCCAGCGCCAAUCACACCACCAACCCCAGCCCCAACCCCGGCCCGACCGAGCCCAGCACCCAGCAGACUGCUCACAGCUCCCAGUUUCUACUCAGCAGGCUGAGCGAACCCCGGCUGUCUGAGGCAGAGCGGCAGGCGUGCGAGGCCCAGUGGGCCGACCGGAGCCUGUUCGUGACCGAGCUGCUGCUGUCCACGCUGCUGCCCGACGAGGACGCCUCCACCUUCUCAUCCGAUGACGAGGACGAUUGUCACGCCUCGUUGCGGAACUUCGCCGACUUUGAGGCGAUGGGCUGCGUGGAAGUCAUGACCUUAGAUGUGGCACUGGAGAACCUCAACCUCAAGGAGACGAGUCCCGCUACCAAGACGACAAAAACGACGGCCAAGACGGCGCCAACGAAGAAAGAACCCCCUGCGCCGCCCCUUUGAUGACAUGGCCCCUCCCUCCCCUGAAAACACCGUUGUGACUAGCUGACUGCUCUGUCGGUCCGACUGCCAAUGGAUGAGGAGAAGACUGCAGCUGUUUCCGGCUCUUGGUUUGUUUUCUCAGUGAUCGUCUUCAGCUGUCGCUCCCCACUCCAGCCCCGUUUUACGUUUGUGUACGUCGGAUAAAAGUAGAGACGAGUGAAUGUGGCCGCGAGAGAGAAAACGGAAAAAAGACUUUAUAAAUAUAUUAUAGAAGAGUCUAUAUGAAAGGAGAUGAUCAGUCCCACUCGCCCCGCCUUCCCCCUCCAGCCGCGAGCCGCCACACUCACCCACGAAGAGCUCUCCGGUUAAAGCGCGGCUGUGUAUUUAUAGAUGGUUUACCACGACUUUAGCAUGAGCUGAAAUCACCAUGCGUCCAUUUUUACCUGCAGUCACCAGGCGAGGGGGGGGGGUGCUACAUCGCUGGCAUGUCUCCAACACACACACACACACACACACACACACACACGCACACCUUUACGUCCAGUCUCAACCCCUCCCCUCCCGUUUGUGUGACGUCACCUGUUUGUUGGGGGUCAUGUGACCUGCCUUAUAUCAGCUGUGGGUUUUGAAUGGCGUAUCCACGUGCGUACACUACAAACCGACACACCUGGGAUGAGACGACGACCUCCAACACGAAGAAGCACCGCCCUGCUGCUCCAGCUCCCCGUGGUCUGACGUUAACGUCUCCAUCGCUCGUGAAACACAAAGAAAACUCGCAGGAGAGGGGCCCAUCGUGCUCAUUUCAUUAAAUUUCUCUGAAACAACAAAAUAAAGUAUCUUUGUGAACCUCCACUGGUAACUGAAGAAAUGCAAUGUAUGUUUUUUGGCUUCAUCAGACGAGCCAAACGACAGGGUGACCUUUCAGUUCGGAGGACAAUAAAAGUGUUUUGGAUGGAAAUGAACUAACCCA